AUGGACAAACUGUUUGAGACGAAACUACUUCUUCUAGCUCGCGAACUUCUCUCGUGCGAGCCGAAAUGCGGCGAAACCGACCAAAAGACUAGCAUGCAACUUGAACGGUCAGCACUGUUCUUUCAUUGCGGACAGUGUCUGCAGCUAGAUUACCACUUUGGCGUAGUAUUCCUCCGCUUUUUCUCCUGUUCAACUCACUUCUCUAACUUGGACGAAAGGCUAGUGACCCUGCUAGAAUUCGAUUCCCCGUUUUUGCUGAUGUUUAUUUAUUGUUCACGUCGACGGUAUUUUGUUAAGAGUCGCCUCGCAGUAAAUGAACGCUUCUGUCCUUGCUUCACUAUGAACGGAUACGCAGUCAGGAGGAAGAAGCGAAGGGCUCCACAGAACGCUUGCAUGCUUUGUAACACGUCAUCAAGCAGUGAGUUCGAAUGCGGCGAGCUGAAGCACGAUAAACAGUCCGGUCUGUGCGCCCACGAAUUUUGUCUGGUGCGUUUUGUGCGUUUCAUUUUUGUCAUAUAUUGUUUUCAUCCGGUAUGCGGCAAAAUGCAGACCCGUCCGUGGGAAUCAACGGUUUUGAGGCAAAGCAAAUCCGACGAGAAAAGAUGCGUGGCGGAAAGCUGACGAGGCGCCACGAUCGGCUGCUGUGUGCCCAGUUGCAAAACUAAGUUUCAUCUCAACUGUGGUCGGCAGAAUGGCACGUUUCACAACUUCUUUGGAAACUUCAGUUCUUAUUGUCCGAAACACGCCCCAUCGCAAAAGAAGAUUCCUAAAAGCGGUCGCCUUGCGUUCACCGGCGUCGGCAUGACGCGUUGUCCGCUCUGUCUGGAUGUGGUGCCCGCUCGUGCCAGCCGCACGGUCAUUCGCUCUUCUUGUUGCACGAAGGCGUGGGACAUAUCUUGGGACAACGAGGAGACUUUCCACGAAAUGACGCAGAGACCAACCACCUGCGUCGGCGCCACUUGCAUUUGCCCAAAAGGACCAGACUUCAGCGAUGAAGAGGACUGGAAUCUGUUGUACUGCGUUCUAUGCGGUGGCAGUCCGGUUCACGAACAGUGCUACGGCGGCCCUGUAUGGGUAUGCGAAGACUGUUCAAAGUUUGCAGAGCAACCAUUAACGUAUAAAACCUUUGGUCGUCCGGUGAUGCAAAUCAGGCAGACAGCGCGACGCGGAAAGCCGUUUCGUGGCUCAAGAGGCACAAGAGGAGCGUCAACAUCAGCGACUUCUGGUCUGUACAUUGUUUAUUCCCCGCCGACAGGUGAAAAUUGCAACUCCAGCAAUUGUGGAGUAGCCAGUUCUGCUGACCAGUCCGAAAUUCGGAGUAUGAUGCAAGAAAUCGUCACUUCCGUUAGUGCCAUUAUAGAGCUUAACGAAAAGCGUCAGGAAUUUCGAUUUGCCGGUUAA